CUGAUUUCGUCCGCGACCGCUCUUUUAUGCGUUCCACAAUCAAAAAGCGUUGUGGUCGAAGUUUUCAAGUGGAACAGGUUUUGGAGGUUUUAGGUUUCAAGAUGGCCGCUGUUGUUGGCAUAAUUAUUCGUCGGCGACGGAUAUCAUCAAGUUCCAGUUCAAGUCUGGAUGAUGAAGAAUUUUUUCAACAAAGAAAGAAGCGGAAACUUCGCCCGCGAAUUACGGAUUAUGCAGAUGUCGUUGGCCGUUAUGCAGACAACGAAUUUAAAAGUCAUUUUAGAAUGUCAAAAUCAACGUUUGAAUACCUAGUAAAUAUUAUAAGAGGCGAUUUAAUUAGAAAGGUUAAUGGUUGUCCGACAAUUCCGGCUGAAAAGCAGCUGAUGAUUGCCUUAUGGAAAAUGGCAACUAGCGAUUCAUAUAGGUCUGUAUGUGAUCGCUUCAAUGUAGGAAAAGCCACUGGUCUACGAGCUGUACGUAGGGUUACGUAUUCCCUGCAUAAAAGAGCAGCGAGAUGGAUUCAGUGGCCAGUGGGAGAUCGUGCCAUCACAGUGAUGCAACAGUUUGAGGCAUCAUCAGGGUUCCCAAGAGUUAUUGGGGCCAUCGAUGGCACCCACAUUCGCAUCGAUGCUCCACAAGAAAAUGCCCCAGACUAUGUCAAUCGUAAACAUUUUCAUUCGAUACAAUUACAGGUAGGCAACAAUUGCCAGAAAAUAAUGUUUAUUAAUAUUAAGUGGUUUUUACAGUUGGUCUGUGAUUCUAACAUGUUAAUAACGCACUGUUACACUGGACACCCGGGCUCCGUCCAUGACCAGAGGGUGUUUAGGCUUUCUGAUGUGGCAAACUUUGUAGAAGAUGCAGAAAAAUUUCCUAUGGAUAGCCACCUGUUAGGUGAUGCAGCCUACGAGUUGCAUGAACAUCUCCUUGUGCCCUUUCGGGACAACGGUCAUCUGGACAGAACUGCAAAACAAAUAUAAUAGACACCUU